GCGCCGCAGCUUUUGCCGCGGCGACUGGCAGUCCAUUGGCGAAGCCCUAACGAGCAGUGGGUGAGAGCGGAGCACUCCCACGAAAAGAUUCAUAAGAACUUGAGCGAGCGAAAUUGGACGUGCUACUCUCCCGCGUGCGCGUCGAUCGAUCAUAUUUCUUUUCUGUACACGCUGCUCCAGUUCAGCGACGAUUUUGCUGGUGCGUUUUGGCUUAGUCUGCGUCGCGUCGAUAGUAAAUAAAUAUUAAUAAAUAAAACAAAUAAAACAAGUAAAAACUAAGGGAUUAUUCUGGUGCGAACUUUUUGGAGCAGCACUCUGUGAAGUGAUUCACGUUAUUUGGAAUCCGGCGGAAAAUUUGAGAAACGGUGUUUUCCCGGACGAAUUCUCGAUGAACGAGCAUUGUGAAAUUUUAGUGCUUCGGACCUCAAAUCUGUCAGCGACGUGUGAUCGUGUACGGGGGAAGAGGGAGAGAGAGAAAGGGAGAGAGAAAUAAAUUGCGCGUGAGCUUGCACGCGAUCUCGAACUAGCCGCUUUCCGUAUCGGUUGUUGCGGUUUGCGAAUUGCGGUUUGCUUGAUCCAGAGAUAACUCGAGAGUGAUCGUAGAAAUUGGAAAAGUUGGUACACCCAAUAGGUUGAAUGCCGUUUUUUUAUCUUUCUUUUCUUUAUGCGUAAACAUAAAAAUUGUGAUGUUAACAUGUUGCGUUCUUUUUACGAAAAACUAUAGGGAAGAGCAUUAAAAAGUUGAAAAAUUUGCAGGAAUUCUGUUUACCAUAUUAUCUUGGAUCGUGUUUACGUAAUUUCAACUAGAGUUUAUAACGUUGUUUAGACUUGAUUAUGAACUUUAUAUUUUUCUUUAUAUUAUGAACUUUAUAUUUUCGAAGUUUAACAUACCGGUACGUUAUAUUCAUUACGCGAAACACAACAUCGGAAAAUUAAAUAAAAUAAUGAAAGCAUAUCUCGUUGCAUGUUUAUCUGCGAGAACGUAUGGGUAAGAAAAUGCACCGCGAUGUCUGACAGGAUACGCAUCCUAGGUCGCAGAUGCAUCGUAAUAUCUGACAGGAUACGCGUCCUGUUCGAACGCGAAUGACUAUUACUCCUUGAAGCGAUAUUCUGGAAUGUCGGCGCUAUCGUGAAUCCCGUGGUGAUGGCAGUAUCUCGCACUUACAACGAUAUGAUACCGGAGGGAGCAAACGAUCAUACGUUUGAACGUUAUUGAAUGAGGUGGGCAGAACAGACGUGCCAGCUUUUAAGCGAGAUUCCCUGCGAAAGUGCCAAUAAGAGAAGCGAGUCGUGACCUUUGACAGAGCCGAGUUUUCAGUGAAGUUGCAUGCAGAAAAACGGAGGGUGUAAUUCGACAGAGGGAAGAGAAAGCAAGAGAAUAGAAAAGUGGAGAUUCGGAGAGCAGUGUAGAGGGGCUCGCGGUGCUGCCGUACAAAGAAGUAAAUUUACUGCGUACCAAGUUUGGGAACAGAGAUGAGUUGAGGAUCGAUUACGAUGUUGAGUCGUCUUGCGGCCGUGGUGGCCUCCAUUUUGGUUCACCAGAUACAUUUCCUGUGCACUAUCAACGCUUUGGGUGCAAAGCCAUUUCUGGGAAUUGAUAACUUGCCACGCUCGUUUUGGCAUGAACUCAGUUCACCUUUCACAGAAGUUUACGAGGUGGAUGGUUUCGUGACUGAAACAGACGGUACUCCUGAACCGAGACCAUUUUUCGAAGAUCCAGAGAGCAAUAUUACUGUACAGCUCGGUGCACAGGUCUAUAUACACUGCAGGGUACAGAAUCUACAAAAUACUCUUAAGGUAUCCUGGGUGCGUAGACGAGGAGAGGAGCUUCAUUUGCUCACCAUUGGUUUAGACACAUAUGCGAGCGAUUCGAGAUUUUCCCUGGCCUUUGAAAAGCCUAAUGAUUGGCGAUUGCUACUGCGCUCCGCUACGGAACGCGAUACUGGCCUUUACGAGUGUCAAGUCAGCGCUCAUCCACCAUUAAUCAGAACUGUCCAUCUAGCGGUGUCAGUACCGAAGGUGGAAAUAGUCGACGAGCAUGGUGCCACAGCCGGUGACAAGUUCUAUAAAGCAGGCAGCACAAUAGAGCUGAAGUGUGUAGUCAGCAAUAUACCGCAACCUACGGGCUACGUCACGUGGCGACAUGGAUCUCGUACGUUGAAUUACGACACAAUUCGCGGUGGCAUCAGGUGAGUUAUAGAUAAUGUGAUAUUUUAUUACUAUUCAAUUUUGAAUAUUGCGCUUGUUGAUAAUAUGCUAAUCGACAAUCAUCGAAGACAAAGACAAGAGAGAUAAAGAGAGAAAGAAGAGCUUUGAUUUUAAUUUAUAUUCCAGGAAUUCUACAUUGCAUUGUUAUUAUUGCGCGUACAUGUACAUUAUGCAUCAUAAAUUAUAAUUAUUAUUAUUACGGUAUUAUAUUGCAUUACAUUACAUUACAUUACAGUACGGCCUACCUGCUUGACGUACGACAUGACUGCACUGCGCGCUUAGAUAUAACUAAUUAACAUUCUGGUAAUUCGACCGGCGGGCACCGAUAAUUUACGCAGCCCAUGCAGGAAUUCUAAUUGCUUCGAUAAAGAAGGAUACGUACGCUAAAUUCGGAGAGGUUUUCAUUAAAGUUUUCGUUUGGUGUCGGUCAACAUUCGUAGUGGCUUCUGAACUGUACGGUGUGUGACCUAAUUGGUUAUAGAUAUAACCGGAAUUCAUGAAUUUCAAGUAGCGUUUCUGACAGUAUUUAAUUCUGUCGGCUUCGUAAAACGAUUUUUCAAUCAGCGAUCCGUCGAUAAACCAAUUCUGAAUUUUCCUCUGAUACAGCCCACAGCAUAUCCUUCAGUCCGAAAGUAACGCCGUGACGUUAUACUUCAAAGACUGCAAAAAACUCCGCUGGUGCAUCUGCUUUUAGUUCGUUUUAUUUCGCUCGCGACCGGGCGUUUGACAGUUUCAACGAUGUUCAUAAUAACAGGAAAGCUGAGGAAAUCUGGGGAAAAUUAGUAAUAUCGAAGGUACGUGGAAGUUGAAAGAAAAGAUGCGGUAAGGUGUUAGGUAAACUGUUGACAUUUUAAUCACCCUCGGAAAUGCGCGGUUAUAGUGGGUCGACACAUGAUGAACGAGCGCGCUGCUCGUGCCAAACGCAGGUAGCGGGCUUUGAAUAAAACAUACAAAACUUUCAAUCAAAUCGGGGUGGUAGGCAUGAUUAAAGAUCGGUUAGCACAAAUUACCUGCAGGAUUAUCCCGGGACAAUAUCAAGCUCCAUUUUGUAUCGAGCGAAAUUGAUGAGAAAUGAUUGAAGCAUAUUAGCAACAAAUUUGCUUCUUCUUUAGACAUUUAUUUCUCCAAGGUGUUUAAGACAAUCUGCAUUAUCUGAUCAGUAUUAUUUUAGCGUUUUUGUAACUAACUUUAAUAAAAUAAAAAUUCAAUUUUUAGAGUCAAAGUUUUUAAAAUUAUAGUGAUAUUAAUACAUGUUCGACGAAGCUGUAUUUACAAAAAAAUAGUUUAAUAAUUUUAAUUUUUUCAUACACCGCAUACUUGCACUUUUGAAAUUUAUGAUAUCCUAUGUGAUAAAACAAGCAGUAUUUGCUUGUUUGAAAUCUUACACAAUAUCAUACUUGUAAAUAAAAAUUGUGUCUAAUAUUAUCAAGAUUAUAUAGAAUGCAACAACCGUUUUUAUUUGUUUUUCGGUAUUAUGCGAAUGAUGUAACAUAGGAAUCAGGACAGCGGAUAUGUGCGCAAUUUAUCGUGAACAUUCUAUUACACUUUGAUUGCUCCCGAGGGGCGUUUUGCGAGAUCAUUUAACCGAACGUGUCAAACGCAGCGCUACUAAAUAAACGACGUUUGAUCGCACCACCCGUCGUCUAUCGUGAUUACUCGCUCACUGGAUUCUAUCAUACCUGUAUGCACCGCUUUUCUUACUCAAUGAACUAUUAUGAAAAAGGCCGCAUUGUGUUUCGUGCGCUAGCUAAAUUUUAAAAAUAUUUUUGUGAACUCUAUAUUUUUAUACAGAAAAAAGAUUAAUCAAACUUCACGCUAUUCGUGAUGACGUUAUCGCGAUAUAACUUAAUAAUUCGUUAAACACGUUAUACAACAAUGUUCUCAAUGUAAUAAAAAGUUUCUUU